AUGGAAGAACAGUUUAUUGUUUUGGAUGUUGGUGGACGUUUAUUUAAAACAAAAGUAACAACGCUCACUUCGAUCGAUGGUUCUUAUUUUCAGCAAUUGUUUACUGCAAAAUGCGAUCAUUUAUUGGAUUCGAAUGGUCAUUUAUUUAUCGACCGUAAUAACGAUGUAUUUCCCGUAAUUCUCGGUUAUUUACGCCAUGGGAAAAGUUAUCCUUUGCCUGUUGAUGAUUAUAAGUUAAGUUUAAUCAUUUAUGAAGCUCAAUUUUACAAACUUCCUGAAUUGAUUGAAGCAGCUGAGAGUGUCCGAAGUUGCAUGAAACGAAAUUUUAUCCCAUCAAAAUCAUUGGUUUCAUCCAGCAAUUCAUCAGGCAAACAAUAUUCCAUGCAAAAGUUUAAAAAUGCUUCGUUAGCAAAAGAAAUGACAACAAAAUCACUUUUAACUAUUCCAAUGGCACCGCCACUACCACAAAAAUUCGCUGACGACAAUGAAACAUUGUUGAAACAAUUUGUGAGAAAGCUAUCAAAAAAGCACAAUAAGGAUAAAAUUGAAAUUGGUCCACCAAAUGAAUUCAAGCAUAUCGUACAUAUUGGACAAAUGGACGAUGGUCAGAAAAUUGUCAUUGAUCAUAGUAGCAAUGAUCAAAAGACGAUCAAAACUAUUGUGCAAGCUAUUUGUGAUGAAAUUUCAUCAUUACCGAUAGUUUACAGUUUGAUAGAUGCAGACGAAAAUGCAAAUUGUAGUAAAUCGGUUGAAAUCUUUUUUACUGAAUCAACCAUUCAAGCAUAUCACAGUGAUAUGCCCUUAUCACCUCAAAAGUUAUCAACCAGUCUGCGAACCGGUUUCUAUGAUAACUGUUGUUAUGAAAUAGCACGAAGUGAUAAGACAAAAAGGUUUCGCAUCAAAGGAAUUAAAAGUAGUCCAAUUGUCACUGAUAUAUAA